CUUCUCGCAUGACCUUGUUUUUAAGGUUGUAAGAAGCCUACAUGCAUGUAACAUGGUAGACCAGUUAUCCCCGGAAAUAAGAAAAGAUUUCAAAGAAACCUUCAACCUUUUCGAUAAGGAUGGAGACGGCACGAUAUCUACCAACGAACUAGCGAUGGUAAUGAGAUCUCUAGGACAAAAUCCAUCGGAUGCUGAAUUGGAAAAAAUGCUCAAAGGAGUGGAUGAAGAUGGAAAUGGUUCAAUUGACUUUGAAGAAUUUGUUCUGAUGAUGGCUGAUAAGUUGGAAAGAUCGAACACAGAGGAUGAAAUACGCGAAGCAUUCAAGCUUUUUGACAAGGAUGAUAACGGCUACAUAUCUGUGUCUGAACUAAAGAACAUCUUAACAGAAACAGGUGAAAAAAUUACACCUGAGGAAGCGAAUGAAUUAAUUAAAGCAAUCGACAAGGAUGGUGAUGGAAAAAUAGACUACGAAGAGGCCAAGCCAGUAUUUAAUGAAUUUGACAACGAUGGAGACGGCUACAUUGAUGCAUCUGAACUGGGUACAGCAUUAAAAAGAAUGGGUCUGAAUCCUUCUCUUCAGAAAAUUCAGUCUAUGAUUGGAGAGGUAGACAAAGAUGGGAACAAAAAAAUUGAUUUUGAAGAAUUUUUGAAAUUCGCGAAAAAGACGCACAGAGAUCCAGAGGAAAUAAAGUGUAGUCUCACGGAAGCCUUUAAGACAUUGGACACAAAUGGCGAUGGUUUUAUAACACGGGAAGAACUGAAAUCGGUUAUGACAAAAAUGGGUGAAAGGCUCUCGGAAGAGGAAGCGGAGGAAAUGAUUCGAAAAGCAGACCAGAAUGAAGACGGAAAAAUUAAUUAUGAAGAAUAUGUAGCAGUGAUGAGUACCUAGGUAAUGUUUGUGAUGUUGUUACUGAUCCUAACUAAAUUAUAAUCUGACAUUGAUUCCACAACCUGUUGUUUGUUGCAAUACAUAAAUACAUGUAUAUCAAUUUCAUUAUAAAUCGUCAUUUCGAAGUGUUGUAUAUUUAAUGCAAAACAUAUAUUACUUUAUGUUUAAUUUAUUUUCAAUAAAUUUUAUUGAUUGCAUGCAACUUGC